GCCAGUGAUUCCCGUUUCCCCUCAGGCUGCCUCUCAUUAGCAUGGAUCGGGGGAAGGGCAUAAAAGGCUCCAGCUCAUUUUGAGUCUGGAAAAACUUUACUUCAAAAUGACAACCCUAGUGUUCUGGCUCCUCUGCUUUGUCAUUAGAUCAUCUUCUGGAUCCCUGCCCUAUGCUGAGAAACCCAGCCAGGCUCUGAGCAAAGAUGUUUUUAGUGCAGCAGCUGAGGUUCAGGUGAAGGAGCCAGCGCGGGGCACGGGCAGUGCCAGUGGGAAUGCCAGGGAAGGGCGGCUCCCGGGAAUGCCCCCCAGGCCCCCGGGCAUCCCCUCCCUCGCCCCCGACAAGAAGAAACGCUUGGAGCCCUCCCUGGAGAACAGCACAGGGCUGAGGAAGCAGCCGGGGCAGCACGGAGGGCUCCGGGCCCCGGGGGCCGCUCCCGGCCGGGCCAACCGGCGGCUCCCGGAGCGGCGGCUGUCCGGGGCUGCCAACAGCCUGGGGGCCCUGCGAGCCCCUCCCCGCCCAAAGGCCAGGGCCCUGCUGGAAACUCAUCCUUUCCCGGACUCUGGGACAGGGGACUCCAAUGAUCCUGACCCGCUGCACCACUUCAACCGAGCAGGGAAGGGAAUGCCCUACAAGGAGCCCGACCCAUCCGGGAGCAUCCCCAAACCCUCGUGGGUCACGAACCGCUGGGCGCCCAGCCCGAGGCACCGCGGCGAGCUCGGGACAGACGGUGACAAGGAGAAGGUGUGUCAGACCGAGUGCAGGAAGGAGCGGGAUGAAGGGGAGGCUUUCUGUGCCAGCGAGUUCGCAGUGAAUGGAAUUGUUUAUAACCUGGAAAGCCUGGGGAAUGGAGUGCAGUGGAUCACCCUCCUGGUGGACAGGGAUGGAUUGUACAAGAUGAGCCGCCUGUAUGUCACUCCUGACGCCGCCUUCUUCCGAGUUCACAUCUUGGUUGUGGACACUUUAAACUGCAGUAAACCAUGUCCAGACUUUAAACUUGGCAGCAGGUACAUCGUGAUGGGGCACAUCCACCACAAGCGCCGCCAGGUGCCCGCCCAGCUGCUGCCGGCGCUGCGCGGGCGGCUGCGCCCGGGGGACGGCUGGGUCGGGAGCGGCAGCAGCUACGUGAGGAGAUUCAACAGGAAAAGGGAUCUCAGGGUGAGGGCAGCGCGAUCCAAGUGUCCUUAAGGCUCCGGGGCUCCGUCCAGGACGUGGCAGCAGCGGGAUCCACCCUCGGAGCACACCUGGCCGUGGGCAGCGCUCCCGCCCGGAGCCGCAAUCCAGCAGCUGCUUUUGCGCUUCGGCAAACACUGGGUGCCUGCAGCAGGCACCCCCGGCGAGGCUCAGCACAGGAGACACUCCAGGGAAUGUUAACUGGCCGGGAAUUUGCUCCAGCUGCUUUCACAGCCACAGGUUAUUGUUGCUUCCCCUGCUGCAGUGUGCCCCGAAUAAUCUGUAGUAACUGUAAUGCAAAAUUCUGGCAGUUUCGUCCUCGGUACACAACAACUGCACUUGGAACCCUUCACCUUGAACACAUGAGAUGGUAGCACAGCUUUAUCUACACAGGAUGUUCACUGUGCUUUCACAGUUCUGCCUAAAGUAUCACACGCAUUUGAUUUCAGAGAAACCAACACCUCUAAGUACCAUUUGCGUUAUUUUUGUCUCCUCAACCAUGUCCAUGGUAUUUCUGAAAAUUACACCAUUCUAACAGCAGAGCUGGAUGUUCACACAAAGCAUAGGGAAGAGAGUGUAAUGAUUUGAGUAUAUGAACACUGAAAGCAAAACACAAAUGCCCAGUUGCAUUUACAAGUGAUGGUGCAGGGAAUGCAAAAUGAGCACGGGCUGCACAAACUGGGUGUGCCAGGGCACUUCAUCCCAGAGUGUGAAUGUGCUGAAUGCCAUUCCCCAGGAGAAAUAUUGCCAAGCUUGUACUUGCACAAGAGUAAAGUUACUUUUUAAAUCAAAAAGACAAUAUUUUAUUACCUUUAGUGGGGUGAAAUUGAGAUGUUUGUUGUUCCCAGUCAGUAUUCACAAAUAAUAAGUCUGUAAAAGAAACUAAUAAAUGCUCAUGAGGUUCUGC